AUGAAAUCAACAACUAUACUACUAUCAUGUUUACUUAUAACUUCAUCAAUAGCGAUGAAUAUGGAUAUGGAUAUGGAUAUGAGCAGCGCUGAAACAAAUCAUGACUCAAUUGAACCUUCACAUACUCAUAAUCAUUACUCCGAUGACAAAUCAAAUAAAACAGAUACAUCCAACCAAUUAGAACCAACUCCUCAUGUAAUGAAACAUCAACAUGGUUUACCAAUUUUACAAACUCAUUUAUUACCAGAAGAAAGAUUAUUUUGGGAAAAUUAUAAUACAACAACAUAUUUUAAUAUAAAAACAAAUCAUCGUCCUUCAUUAUAUUUACAUAUAAUAUUUGGAUUAAUUUCAAUUUUUAUAUUAUAUCCUUUAACUUUAAUUUUUAAUAAUUUAAAUUUAUCAAAAACUUAUCUUGUUUCAUUAAUUAUUCAUACAAGUUGUUUGAUUUUUUCAAUUUUUAAUUAUUCAAUUUUUAUAAAUUCAAUACCCGAUCUUUAUCCUGGUAAUGCUUAUAAUAAAAUGAUUAUAAUUGUAUUUAUUUCAACAAUUUUACAAUUAAUCUUAGCAUUUAUUAAAAAUUUAGAAACUAAUACCAACAGUAAUAGUACUAUACAUUCUAGUAAUAGAUAUUUUAAUUUAUCUACUUCAACUAGUUCAUCAGAUGAUGAAUCAUCACUGAUUGAUUCAACUCCAACAAAUUAUGAAAAAGUAUUUAAUAAAGAAGAAUCAAAAUUAUCAAAAUUACAAAAUAAAAUGAAAUUGAAUAAAUUAAGAGAAUGGAUUUCCAAUACGAAAGUAUUUUAUGCAAUUAAAAUUGCCUUCAACUUAUUAAAUUGGGGCCAUUUUUUUUAUUUUUUUGUAUUAGUUCCCACAGGAGUUGCAACUUUUUGUUUAUAUGGUAAAGAACAAACAGUUUUUAAUUUAUUAGCUCAUUUUAUAAAAGGUGGAGUAUUUUUCGCAUAUGGAGUAUUAUCAUUAGCAAGAUAUUCAGGAGCUUUUUCACAAAAAGGUUGGUCAUGGAAUCAUAAAUUUAUAACAAAUGAUUCACAAAUGAAUUAUUGGGAAAAAUUUCAAAAUAAAGGUUUAUGGACAAUGGAAAUGAUUGAAAGUUCAUUAAUUUUAUUUUAUGGCUCAACAAAUAUUUUUUUAGAACAUUUAUCUAAUGCUGGUGAAGAAUGGUCACCAAAAGAUUUACAACAUGUUUCAAUAGCUUUUAUUUUUAUUGGUUGUGGAUUAUGUGGUGUUAUAACUGAAUUAAAAUUACAAGAUUGGAGAUUUGAACAAGCUAAAUCAAAUUAUCAAAAAUUUAUUACAACCACCGAAGAAGAUCAUCCACAACAUCAUCAAGUGGAAAUUAUAAAAGCAAGUCCUGGUUUUUCACCAAAUCCUUUCCCCAUUUUAACAAUAUAUUGGACAGGUAUAUUAAUGUCAAAACAUCAACAAGCAUCAGAAUUAUCAACAGAAAUUCAUGUUCAAUGGGGUAAUUUAUUUAUAAUGGGCUGUUGUUUUAGAUUUUUAACAUAUAUAUUAAUGUUAUUAAUUAAAAAAAAUUCAACCACCGAAUUAAUUAAACCAAAUAGACCAAUAACAGAAUUAAUUGUUUCUUUCUGUUUAUUAUGUGGUGGAAUAAUAUUUAUGGAAAGUACUGAUCCAAUUAUAUUAAGUUUUGAAUAUUAUGGUUUAACUUCAAUGUUUACUUUAAAUGUAACAUUAGGUUUUAUUACUUUAUUUAUGAGUUAUAUGAUGAGUUUAUUUGUUUUUAAAGAUUGGUUAAAAAAUAAAUCUUCUACUACAGAAGUUGUAUGA